GAAGCAACAAAGAGAGAGAGCUAGGAAGAGAUGGUUAAAUCGAGAAGAAGUCGGAAACUCGUUUUACAAAGAAAUCUUAGAAUCCUUCGAUCCCUCACUCAUUCUAAGUCGGUUGAUCUGCCGUCGAUCUUCUCCGAUGCCGUCAAAUACAUUCAGGAGUUGAAGUCCAAAAUUGAAGCUCUUCAGACCGACUCUCUUCACAAUACUGAGGCGGCUCAGCAAGCACCUAUUGUAGUGAAAGUGGAGAAAUAUGAGAGGGGGAUGUGUGCAGUGAGGGUGAUGUGCUGCGAGAAGGUGAAAGGGCUGCUGCUCUGCGUUCUCGAAGGGUUGGAAGCGCUGGGAGUGGAGGUGGUGUACGCCAGAGUUUUCUGCAAAGACUCCUUCUGCAUGGAAGCAUACGGAAAGGUGCUGGAUCGGGAGAGAGACAGAAGCAGUGGCGUGGUUGAUGGGGAGGUGAUGAGAGAGACCCUGACGAAGGCGUUGAUCCUCAAGGCCAACGAGAUAGUUCGUUGUUAAUUUCUUAACUUUUCUCUGCCUUCUUUAUAAGUUUCUACCCUUUCAGCUUUUUAGGCGGAGAGAUGGUUCAAGAGUUGUAUAAAGGUGUCUGUGAGAGAAUCUGUACUUGUUUGCAAUGUAAAAUUUCGUAGAUUUUCUUUAUAUAUAAAAGAGUUUAUACUGUUGCA